GUCCAUUGACUUCAUUUCCAUUUGCAAGCUAUUAGAGAAAAAGAAAUAUGGUUCGAAAGAAAGAUCGAUUUUGGAGGUAUGUUGAAGACCUAGAUGGCCGUUUCAAAUGUAACUUUUGUCGACGUGAUUUUGCUGGGGGUGCUUCUAGGAUUAAAUUUCACUUGGCAGGAGUUAAAGGUCAUGCUAUAGAUAUUUGUGCCAAUGUGCCAGAAGAUGUUCAAAAAGAAGCUUAUCUAGUAAUUGGAGGGAGUAAUAAAAAACUUAAGAGUGCAUCAAGUUCAAGCAAUGCUAAAGAGAGUAAAACCACUUCAUGUUCAAUAUCGAGAGACCUAUGCCAUGCUACCAAUUCAAAGAUGUGUGGUAAAAAAGAUAAGAGUGCAGUGGACAAAUUGCUUGCCCGACUUCUUAUAGUAAAUAACAUAUCAUUUGAUGUUGUUCAAACGACAUCCUUUAUUUGCUUUGUGCAAGGUGUUGCUGAUUAUGGUCCUGAAUAUAAGUUACCCUCUAAUUUGACUUUGCAAAGGAAAUUAAUACCAAAUUUGAAGGUCGAAGUUGAAGAGUAUAUUAGAAGAAUUAAGAAUUCUUGGUCGGUAACUGGUUGUACUCUUAUGUCAAGCAUAUGGAGUGAUUUGGAUCAGAGAGCAUUUAUCAAUAUUAACGCAAAAUCUCCUAGUGGAGCAAUAUUUUUGAAGUCAUUUGAAGUUUCGAAGGAUAAAAUAACAACACUAUAUAUUAAAGACAUCAUUUCUUCAGUAAUUGAAGAAAUUGGAUCUGAUAAUGUUGUUCAAUUAAUCAUUGAUAAUACUACAAAUUUUGAGUUAGCUGGAGACAUGCUUAUUGGCAAGUACCCUCGGUUGUACAAAACCCGAUGCGCUACUUGUGGCAUUCAAUUGCUUUUGAAGGAUAUAUGUGAGGAAGUUGAUUGGGUGCAAAAGAUAAUUAGUGAUGCAAAAUCAAUUGUUUCGUAUAUGUAUAUGGAUAGUAUCAUUUUGUCGCUCAUGAGAGAGUACACAAACCAUAAAGAAUUGAAACAUCUUGGUACAGGUAGGUCUUCUAGCUUCUUGAUGCUUCAAUCUAUUUUGAAUGUUCGAGAUGAAUUGCAGUUACUUGUUGCAUCUUCCAAGUGGAAAGAAUUGAAUCAUAAUGAAAAGGACACUUGUAAAGAAGUGGUUGCUAGUAUUAUCCAAAGUACAGAAUUUUGGAGUCAAGGGAAAGAGGCACUACUAGUUUUGGAGCCUUUGGUUCAUGUUCUUCGAUUGGUAGAUAGUGAUUGGUCAACUGCAGGAUACUUAUAUGAAGCACUGGAAAUGGCAAAAGAAGCAAUUAAGCAACAAUGUGCUAGCAAUCAAGACAAAUAUAUGCAGAUAUGGGAGUUAGUUAAUUGUAGGUGUACUGAAAAUAUAAUCCACCCAAUUCAUGCUGCUGCGGCAUUUUUGAAUCCAUCUUACUUGUGUAGUGAGAAAUUUAAAGAGAAUAGUGAGAUAAAAGAUGGUAUAAGUUUCAUUUUGGAGAAUUUGAUGGUUAUUGAAGAAAGGGAAGAUUUCAUGAAACAAGUGCAACUUUAUCGCAAUAAAGUACCAAGCUUGUUUACAGUUACAGCAAAGACAAUGUUGAAAACAUCUCAUCCUAGAAUAUGGUGGGAAUUCUGUGGAGAUCGUCUUCCUAUCUUACAAAGGUAUGCCAUUCGAAUUUUGAGUCAACCUUGUAGUUCAUCCUCGUGUAAGCGAAAUUGGAAUGCAUUUGAGGUAACACAAACAAAGAAGCCAAACAUGUUGACGUCUGAGAUGUUGGAUAAUAUGGUGUAUGUAAGAUUGAACUCAAUGAUGAUGGAGAAAUUUAACACUGGUGAAUCUCUAGACUUGGAGCCAAUUUAUCUUGACAAACUUAAUGAGCUUCCUGAAUAUGUUGAUCAUGAACAAUUUUGGGAGGAUGAUGCAUUCAGUGGAGUAGUUGAAAAGGUUAUUGAUGACUAA